AGUUUUUUUAAUAUUCACUUGGAAAACAAACUUAAAAUUAAGUAUGUAUUUAAGUGUGAAAAAGGCUAAAACAUGCCCAAAAGUUUAUACAAACAGAAGAAAGUUAAAAAGUGUUGAUAUGGUGGAUAAUAAAAUUGAAGAAGAACCGUUGAACACAGGUAGCACCUCUUAUAUAGCAAGAUUGGAUAAUUACAAUAUGCAAAAAGAGCAGGAUAGUAUACCAAGCAUCCUAGUCGAGAUUGAAGAUGAAAUAGAAAAACAACUCGAGGCCAAGGCAGAGAGGAGCAAUCUUUCAGUCAGAAACGUCAAGAAUAUACUUCAAGCAGUCUUGACGAAUGAGGACGUUUUGAAAAUGGUCGACGACAAUACCACUGAAAGGCCUAUAUUUGACUUGAAGCUCACUCGUGCCAAGACGAAACAGUUGUUAGGCCCAGAUACACAAAUUUGGGUUCCACCUCAGAAGAAAUCAGUCGCGGAGAUACUUAUAAAUGAAGAGUUCCCUGAAGAUUCUUCCGAUGAAGAGUAUAAACCCCAUGAAGACCUUAUACCGAGUGACGAAGAGUCAAAAGCAGAUGAGAGUUUUGUCGAAACAGUUAUUGAAACCCCGACUGCGUUAAAUCCCCAAGAUAGAGACAACCUUGAGAACAUAGGUCAAAGGACGCGUUCCAAACUUUGCCUGAGCCAAACGCCUUUAGAGGAAAUUGAACAAGCGUUCAUACCACCAGACAUCACAGCCGACAUGUACAAUACUGACUGUGAUAAUCAAGACUGGUUGAAUUUUCUGAAGGAGUUUUCACAGCCUUUGGAAAAAUCAGUAAGUGAAAAUGUGGAAGAAGACGACGUCGAAAGCGACCCUGAAUACACAUUCUUAAUGGAUGAAGAGCAAGAAGCCGCUACGGACAAAGAAGAACUGAGAAGGGACCGAGCUGUCAAGGUGACAAAGAAGGAACUCAAUGAACUUAUGUCUGAAUUGUUUGAAUAUACCCAAAUGUUCUCUUCAGAUGAGGAAGAUGCCAAUGGUAAUGAAAAUAACAUUCAACACUCUAUUGAACUGAACAAUAUGGAACGAGAAAGUGAAAUAUUACAAGGUCAAAAAACAACAACUCCUCCUUUAUUAAUUAUCCCGUCGGUUGUUUUGAGCCAGCCUAAUGAAGUAAAAAAAGAACCUGAAAAAAUUUUAAGCAGGCAGUGUCUUUUGAUCGAUCAACAACUACAACAACUAGUUCAACUGACAUUGCAAACUUUUUUGAUUUCUUAUAAACACCCGGAGUUAAAAAAUGAUAUAUCUAAUUCGUGUAAAGAGAUCAUCGUUGACCUAAUAAGAUCAAGGGAAUCUAGUGAUACAUUAAAAAAAAUGUGCAAUCUCGAUAGUUCUUUAAAAUUGAUAACAGCUUGGGAGAUGAGAGUAGAUACUAAUGUAAUUAGACCUCAAUUAUGGAAAGGGAGAGUACGAAAAUUGCCCGUAGAAAUAAUGCAAUUUUGUUACAAAAGUGACGCUUUCCUUUACCCCUUGCUUUUACCAACUUGUGACUUUUUUAAUAUGCACUGUAUAAAAUUACGGUUUUCAACUUUUGAAGACAAUCUGAUAACACUCGCUUUACAAGACAUUGCAGAUGCUAACGAUGGCUGUAUUGAUAUGACAUAUUUGGAAGAACUGUGUUCAGAAAUUCAAAAAAGCCUUAUCCCAGUCAAAACAAGCAAACAACUAUUUGUUCAUGUCAAACAUAUGUUGAAAUCGACAAGCAAUAAUCCUAUUAAAAACCUGUUGGUGAAUGGCCAAUACUUAGACAUACACCAUUAUUUAAUAAAAUUGCCAAAAAGACUUAAAACAAUUUGCGAACAGCCAAAAGACAUACUGCCAGACAAUUGGCGUCAAUUUUGCGAUUCCCUGGAAUAGAAAUUAUUUGUAUUC